GAACACUUCCGGGUUCCUGGAAAUGGCGUUGGGCUGGAGCGCGCGGCUUUGGCGGUUUGUUCCUUCUUUGCAGCUAAAUGUUUCUGAAAGAUUGCUUCCUGGUGUGUAUCCUGUGUCCAACAUGCCCAGGCGGAACAAUUCUAAUAGAACAUCAAUAGUUCGCUGUGGAAGGCAGGUCUAUGCAAGGCUGUAUCCUGUUUUGCUGGUUCGACCUGAUGGAUCCACGAUCAAUAUCCGAUACAAGGAGCCUAAAAAAAUGAUUACUAUGCCAGUCAAUGUUUCCCUUCUGCCGGAAGCUGAACGGAAAGCAAGAAUGCGCAAACGUGACCCCAAGAGAACUAGAAUGAAAGAGGUGCAAUUCGAAGAUGAAUUUAAAGUUGACAGUUAUAGCAAAUUCUGGAAAAAAAAAUAGUCUUCAGAAUUUUGGAAUUUAGAAACACAACCAUCACUGGACUGCUUGACUAGUGUUGACAUCAGUGGAACUUUGACCAGUGAGGUCACAAUAGUAUUACGUACACUGAGGUGGUUUUUAUUUAUUUGAUCUAAUCCAUCUAUAUUAUUAAAAUCAAGUUUGCGUUUCUACAGGCAAGUCACAGGGAAUAAAGCAACCAAUUACUGUAUUUAUUUUUAGUAUUGGCUUAAAUGCUAGGUGAAAAUGCUUUGAAUGUUAACUGAACUUCCCCCAUUAUAACCAUUCACAUGCAUUCUGUAUCUCCUAUUCCUGACUAUAUUUGUGUAGAUUUGACUUGCAUAUGAUUUGUUAAAUUGUGCAAAUUAUCAUGAAACUUGGCCACAGUAAACUGGAUUUGAGUA